CAUUUCGCGGGGACUCCAUGAUGCGCUCUGGGCGUGAUCGUGAUCCACAGCGUUGAUCCUCCAGCCUUUUAAGAAGCCGCUGAGCGCGUCGCUGGCGCCGGGCUAGAUCAAUAACGUGCAUUAUGGCGCCGAUCCGCCUCCGGUGAUAGGCUGGCUGACUGGCUCUUCCUCGAGCCCGCGUCUCUCGAGCUGCUGGACGGCGAUGAAACGUUGCGCCUUGGCAUUUGGGGAAAUUGUCGAGCCGUCCAGUCCUGGUGUGCCGUCCCGUCCAACCUCUCGUUUGCAUUUUCCAAGACGAUGGGUCCGGGGGAGUGCUCUUUCAAAGGGCAUCCAUGCUAACGUUCUCGUCGAGGGAUCAUGGACUCCGAGCUGUGUCUCUCGUCUGCUUCCAACCUCGCCUGUGUGCUGGUUUGAGUUGGUUAGGAUUGCAAUCGUCAGUGACGAUAUUUAUGCCUGUUCUCGUAUUGCUGCGUUUGUCUGCCCGUUCAAUUUGCUUGCUGUCUCUCCUUGCUUUUUUCUUUUCUUUUCUUUUCUUUCCCCCUUUUCGCCUCUUUUCUUUUUUCUUGAUCGACAUGGAGACCUGGGGGAAGAUCCCCUCUCGCGGGCCGCCUGAUCUCUGGGACAGACCGACAUUCAGCCUUCGGAAACAUUUUCCUCCAACCACUUGUAUUUGGCCACAAGACCAACUGUGGUUUUUUUCGUGCAUUUCUUCCAGACUAACUAACCAAUGCAUGAAGGAUUCUGGAAGAACAGUCCCACUUCUUCUCUCGCUGUUCUCUCGCCUUCCUUUCAGGCGACGGGGACCGGAAUACGGGAGUCUAAUUAAUUUUAUCCUGAAUCUGCCUAUCAAGUUCAGCCCGCUGGCAGACCAAAUUCCGCUUUUUAUUUUCCGGUUAAUGACCGGGCCUGCCAAGAAGCUUCGAAGAGGAGCAGGGUAGGAUUUUGUCCCUCUCAGUGCCGCCAUUAUUCUCAUAUACUUUUUACCUUUCGAGGUAUCAUUCCAACCGCCAAGACGCCUAUUCGACUGAUGUGCCGGCAAUGUUGGCUCGUAUCUGUGGGCGCCAGGGAACCCUUAACCCCAUGAUCCAAGCUAACGAGGGCUUGUCCAUAUUAUUAUCAGGAUCAAACGGUAAACGGGGUCCUUCCUUCUCUCAGGGACCCAGAACUUUUGCGGAGAACCGGGGUAGCAUUGUCAAAAUAGAGGCUUUGCUCGUUGGCAGGUUGGGAUCUGAUAUGGGCCCCAGGCGGUAGGUCGCGGCCAUAUUCGGCGGCCGGUUAUUCCAAAAUUCCUACUCCGGUCUAUGAACAAACGCGGCCAGCGCUGUCAGCGAGCUCCUCAAGGAAGAACUUAAAGGGGAGCUGUUCCCACCGGAAUUUUUCUGUUGGUCGAUCCUUUCCCCUUACUUCUGUGUGAUCAGAGUAAA